GCUGCAAACAAGCUUUCCUCAAGAUCACUCGGGUGCUAUUCUAAUUUGUCACCGCUAUGCUCGGACUCGGAAGUAAGUCGCUGAUUGGCUGUAGGCUGUCAAACACGGAAGUGACGUUUAGGUGGCGAGUUUCGGCAUUUCAUCGAUAUAUCGUAUUCGUCGAUAUACGUAAGACAGAACUGCGCUAUCAAAUGUUUUUCUUAUUCUGCACACCUUUAUUUAUGCUCGUGGCCGGAAGCGAGUCGCCGAUUGGCUGUGAGCUCGCCAAGCACGGAAGUGACGUCCGCGCCCUUUCGGGUCUUGACUGUCGUCCCAGUUGGCGCUCGGUGGGGUUGAGCUACCUGCGCCUCCUGCUUGAAAGCACCGACUAUGGGGCACUUGUCGGCGCCCCUGUCGUGUCUCCUGUCUCCGGGGAUCGCCAGCCUGCUGCGACGUCACGUCUUGAAGGCUUCCCACCAUUUCAGCGCGGUGUCCCGCCGCCGCGGCCGCGGGCGGAGUGACUUGCUUUCCCGUUCGCGCGCGUCAGCUCGGACCGACCGCGCUUCGUCUGCGUGCGGCAGCUCGGCGGACAGCUUGUGGUCUGUUUACAACCACACUAAAAGACACACGCAAGAUGCCAUGCCGUCCGUCUCCAGCGUCUCCGUGGACCCCGACAGCAUCUUUGCCAACAACGAGAUGAGCCUGCGGGACACCGAGGUCUACGGCUUUGACUAUGACUACACGCUGGCCUUCUACUCCAGUCACCUCCACACCCUCAUCUUCGACAUAGCACGAGACAUCCUCAUCAGCAAGCACAGGUAUCCGGAGGGUCUGCGGGCUUAUGAGUACAUUCCCGAUUUUGCCGUGAGGGGCCUUCACUACGAUGUCCAGAAAGCGCUGCUGAUGAAGAUCGAUGCCUUCCACUACAUCCAGCUGGGCACCGUCUACAGGGGUCUUCAUCCGGUCCCCGACGAGGAAGUCGUCGCCAUGUACGACGGCUGCCACGUCCCUCUUGAGAUUAUGAGCGAUUUCUACGGCAAGAGUUCUCACGGCCAGUCCAUGAAACAGUUCAUGGACAUCUUCUCGCUGCCGGAGAUGAGCCUCCUGUCGUGCGUCAACGACUUCUUCAUGAAGCACAACAUCGACUACGAGCCCGUGCACCUGCACAAAGACGUCAAGGAAGCCAUCCGAGACGUUCACGUGAAGGGCAUUAUGUAUCGAGCGGUGGAGGCCGAUAUCGGGAAAUACAUUUGCUACGGCGAGCAGAGCCACGCCGUGCUGAAGAAGCUGCACGAGCACGGGAAGAAGAUGUUCCUCAUCACAAACAGCCCCUUCGACUUUGUGGAUCGAGGCAUGAGCUACAUCGUCGGCAGGGACUGGAGGGACCUCUUUGAUGUCGUUAUAGUUCAGGCCGACAAACCCGGUUUCUUCAACGACAGGAGAAAGCCCUUCAGGCGUGUGACCGACAAGGGCGCCCUACUGUGGGACAGAAUCCACAAGUUGGAAAAAGGGCAGAUCUACAAACAGGGGAACCUCUACGAGUUCCUGAGACUGACUGGCUGGCGAGGAUCCAAAGUGCUCUACUUUGGCGACCACAUCUACAGCGACUUGGCGGAUUUGACCCUGAAGCACGGCUGGAGGACGGGCGCCAUCGUCCCCGAGCUGAGGGAGGAAAUCAAGAUCAUGAACACGGAGGAGUACGUGCACACCGUCAGCUGGAUGCAGGCUCUGACCGGCCUGAUUGAGCAGAUGCAGGUCCGCCGAGACGCCGCCUCUCAGGCCGUGGUGGGGGAGUGGAUACGAGAGCGCCAAGCCAUGAGGUAAGCCGGCCUUUGACUUUUUUUUUCCUUCAUUCUUCAUUGCAAACUCGGCAAGCGUCCGCGUUGUUUGGACCUGCGGCCAUCUGAUCCGAAAUGACUGGCGGCUGCCGGCUCCUUGCCGGACGUUGCGCUUUCCCAGCUAAAUGAUCAAAUUAGAGUCCGCCAAGACCAUUUGCGUAAAAACAACCCAAAAAAAC